CAGUUUGCUAAUAUAAAUGAGUGGGGUUUCCUUUCUGGAAUAAAUCAUAUUUUGGUUUCUUCUUAGUACUCCUAUAUUAGACUCUGCUAAAAAAACGAAGACUACAAGAACACCUUUCUGUCCAUGGCACAGCAGCUUUGACUACGGUUCCAUCACAUCAUGUAUGAGAGUCAAACGAAAAACAUGUUUUUAACCCGAGCACUGGAGAAGAUUUUAGCCGAUAAGGAGGUGAAAAAAGCUCACCAUUCCCAGUUGCGCAAAGCCUGUGAAGUGUCACUAGAGGAAAUUAAAGAAGAAACAGAGAAACUGAGUCCCCCUCCUGGAGACAACAAUGCUUAUUCCAGUGCUCUACCACCGGUCAAGUCUAAGGAUACCGUCGUAGAAGCAGACAAGUACUUCCUGCCGUUUGAGUUAGCCUGCCAGUCCAAAUGUCCUCGCAUCGUCAUCACAUCUCUAGAUUGUUUACAGAAACUCAUUGCUUAUGGCCACCUCACUGGAAACGCUCCAGACAACACUACACCUGGAAAGAGGUUAAUCGAUAGAAUCAUCGAGACCAUAUGUGGCUGCUUUCAAGGCCCUCAGACAGACGAAGGUGUUCAGCUGCAGAUUAUAAAGGCUCUGCUGACAGCGGUGACCUCUCAGCACAUCGAGAUCCACGAGGGAACGGUGCUGCAGGCGGUCAGGACCUGCUACAACAUCUAUCUGGCCAGCAAGAACCUCAUCAACCAGACCACGGCCAAGGCCACCCUCACACAGAUGCUCAACGUUAUCUUUGCACGAAUGGAGAACCAAGCACUCCAGGAGGCAAGACAGAUAGAGAAGGAGCGUCUGAGACAGCAGCAUCUGCAGCAGUCACCAAACAGCCAACAGGAGCCUCCUUCAUCCCCCCACCAGCACCAAGGCCCCCCCGCCUCGCCCCGCCAAGUGCUCCCUGCUUCACCCCACCAACAGGCCCCCGCCUCCCCCCACUUUGAGUCCCCUGCCUCCCCCGACCAGAAACCUCCUGCCUCCCCCCAACAGAGCCAGGAGCAGCACACCGCCCCACCUCAGCCCUCUGCCUCCCCUAAACAGGAGCAGCACACCGCCCCACCUCAGCCCUCUGCCUCCCCUAAACAGGAGCAGCACACUGCCCCACCUCAGCCCUCUGCCUCCCCUAAACAGGAGCAGCACACCGCCCCACCUCAGCCCUCUGCCUCCCCUAAACAGGAGCAGCACACCGCCCCACCUCAGCCCUCUGCCUCCCCUAAACAGGAGCAGCACACCGCCUCACCCCCACCUCAGGAGGAGACCACCCAGGUGCCUGAUCAGAACGCCCACGAGGACCCGGAUCCAGAAAACGGCUCUGUGUUCUGCAGUGCUGAAAAUGAGCAGACUGAGGCGGACCAGGCUACUGCAGCUGCUGCACAGGGUUUGUUCCAGCAAGAUGCUGAAGGGGUUGUAGAGGAAGAACCAGUCAACUAUGAGGAGCAAGCUCAAGAGAUGGUCCAGACCAUGCUGCAGGAAGUUGUCAAUACAGUUAUUGGAGAAUGUAGGGAGAGUGUGUGCAGCGCUACAGAGUGUGCAGAUGAUACGCCAGUCCCGGUGGUGGUGGAGGAGGAGGAGGAGGGGCUGGGCAGCGACACAGAGAACGUCCAUGCCAACGGUAUCCCUGGCACGCCCAUAUCUACUGGCUUCACCCCCUCACUGACGGACGACAGGCUCUCUGUCUCGUCCAACGACACUCAGGAAUCUGGAGCUACGAGUGGUUCCUCCCCUCUUGCUAAGUUCUCCCAUAUCCUCCAGAAGGACGCCUUCUUAGUGUUUCGCUCCCUCUGCAAACUCUCUAUGAAGCCACUGUCUGAUGGACCCCCUGAUCCUAAAUCUCACGAGCUGCGCUCCAAGGUGCUGUCCCUCCAACUGCUGCUGUCCAUCCUGCAGAACGCGGGGCCCAUCUUCAAGACCAACGAGAUGUUCAUCAACGCCAUCAAGCAGUACCUGUGUGUGGCGCUGUCCAAGAACGGAGUCUCCUCGGUCCCCGAGGUCUUCGAGCUCUCGCUCUCCAUCUUCCUCACCCUCCUGUCCCACUUCAAGACCCACCUCAAGAUGCAAAUCGAGGUGUUUUUCAAGGAGAUCUUCCUCUACAUCCUGGAGACGUCCACCAGCUCCUAUGAUCAUAAAUGGAUGGUGAUCCAGAGUCUCACCAGGAUCUGUGCAGACGCCCAGAGUGUGGUGGAUAUCUAUGUCAACUACGACUGUGACCUGAAUGCUGCUAAUAUAUUUGAGAGGCUGGUCAAUUACCUAUCUAAGAUAGCACAGGGCAGAGUGGGGCAUGAGCUUGGCACCACACCUGCUCAGGAGCUGAGUUUGAGGAAAAAGGGUCUGGAGUGUCUAGUGUCCCUCCUCAAGUGUAUGGUGGAAUGGAGCAAUGAUCAGUAUGUGAACCCCAACUCUCAGACCAGUCUAGGUCAGGAAAAGCCAGUAGAGCAGGAGCCCAGUGAGAGCACCAAGCCCCCAGAGAGUAUCAACCGCUACGGCAGCCUCAACUCCCUGGACUCCACCACCUCCUCAGGCAUCGGCUCCUACAGCACCCUCAUAUCAGGAACUGACAACGCAGAGCAGUUCGAGGUCCUCAAGCAGCAGAAAGAGAUCAUCGAGCAAGGCAUCGACCUGUUCAACAAGAAGCCAAAGAGGGGCAUCCAGUAUCUACAGGAGCAAGGCAUGCUGGGUACCACGCCGGAGGACCUAGCUCAGUUUCUGCAUCAGGAGGAGAGGCUAGAUUCUACUCAGGUGGGUGAGUUCAUCGGGGAUAACGAGCGCAUUAAUAAAGAGGUGAUGUACGCCUACGUAGACCAGAUGGAUUUCCAAGGCAAGGACUUUGUCUCGGCUCUGCGUCUGUUCCUGGAGGGCUUCCGUCUGCCUGGAGAGGCCCAGAAGAUCGAUCGACUCAUGGAGAAAUUUGCGGCCAGAUAUUUAGAAUGUAACCAAGGGCAAACUGAGUUUGCUAGUGCAGAUACGGCCUACGUCCUGGCUUAUUCAAUCAUUAUGCUGACAACAGACCUUCACAGUCCACAAGUGAAGAAUAAAAUGACUAAAGAGCAAUACAUCAAGAUGAACCGAGGAAUCAACGACAGCAAAGAUUUACCUGAGGAGUACCUGUCAGCCAUUUACGAUGAAAUCGCAGGGAAGAAAAUAGCCAUGAAUGAAACAAAGAAAAUCACCCUCAAAUCCAGCAAACAAAGUGUGGCCAAUGAGAAGCAAAGGCGUCUGCUGUAUAAUGUAGAGAUGGAGCAGAUGGCUAAGACAGCCAAGGCCCUGAUGGAGGCUGUCAGCCAUGUCCAGGCUCCCUUCACCAGCGCCACCCACCUAGACCACGUCAGACCCAUGUUCAAGUUGGCAUGGACCCCGUUCUUAGCAGCGUUCAGUGUGGGUCUUCAGGACUGUGAUGACACUGAGGUGGCCUCUCUGUGUUUGGAGGGGAUCCGCUGUGCCAUCAGGAUAGCCUGCAUCUUCACCAUCCAACUGGAACGUGAUGCAUACGUGCAGGCCCUGGCACGCUUUACCCUGCUCACAGCCAGCUCUGGUAUCUCUGAGAUGAAACAAAAGAACAUUGACACCAUUAAGACCCUCAUCACCGUCGCCCACACUGACGGAAACUACCUGGGCAACUCCUGGCAUGAGAUCUUGAAGUGUAUCAGUCAGUUGGAGCUGGCCCAGCUGAUCGGGACGGGGGUGAAGGCCCGCUACAUCUCAGGGACGGUCCCGGCCAAAGGGGGCCUCCUGGCCAGCCUGAGAGAGCAGGCCUCAGACAGCUCAGAGUACCUGGGACUGGCUGGAGGUAAUGUGGACCGUAAACAGAUAGCUAGUAUUCAGGAGUCCAUUGGAGAGACAAGCUCCCAGAGUGUAGUGGUUGCUGUUGACAGAAUAUUUACUGGAUCUACCAGACUGGAUGGCAAUGCAAUAGUUGAUUUUGUCCGGUGGUUGUGUGCUGUAUCAAUGGACGAGCUAGCCUCACCAACACACCCACGCAUGUUUAGCCUUCAGAAGAUUGUGGAGAUCUCCUACUACAACAUGGGCCGCAUCAGGCUUCAGUGGUCCAGAAUUUGGGAAGUCAUCGGGGACCAUUUUAACAAGGUUGGAUGUAACUCCAAUGAGGAUGUGGCUAUAUUUUCUGUGGAUUCCCUGAGGCAGCUGUCUAUGAAAUUCUUAGAAAAAGGAGAGCUCGCCAACUUCCGAUUCCAGAAGGAUUUCUUGAGGCCUUUCGAACAUAUAAUGAAAAAGAACAGGUCUCCUACCAUUCGAGACAUGGUGGUGAGGUGUAUAGCUCAGAUGGUAAACUCCCAGGCUGGGAACAUCCGGUCGGGGUGGAAGAACAUCUUCUCAGUGUUCCACCUGGCUGCCUCGGACCAGGACGAGAGCAUCGUGGAGCUGGCCUUCCAGACCACCGGCUACAUCGUCACGAAUGUAUUUGAGAAGCACUUCCCGGCCACCAUUGAUUCCUUCCAGGAUGCUGUGAAGUGUCUGUCUGAGUUUGCCUGUAACGCCUCCUUCCCAGACACCAGUAUGGAGUCCAUCCGCCUCAUACGCCACUGUGCCAAAUAUGUGUCUGAGAGGCCACAGGCCUUCAAGGACUACACCAGUGAUGACAUGAACGUAGCCCCGGAGGACCGGGUGUGGGUGAGGGGGUGGUUUCCCAUCCUGUUUGAGCUGUCCUGCAUCAUCAACAGGUGUAAACUGGACAUCAGGACCAGGGGCUUGACUGUGAUGUUUGAGAUUAUGAAGACCUACGGUCACACCUAUGAGAAACACUGGUGGCAGGAUCUGUUCAGGAUCAUCUUUAGGAUCUUUGACAACAUGAAACUGCCAGAGCAGCAAACUGAGAAAGCUGAAUGGAUGACCACCACCUGUAACCAUGCACUUUACGCCAUCUGUGAUGUCUUCACUCAGUACUUUGAGUUUCUCAGUGAUAUUCUCCUGGACCAUAUCCUGUCUCAACUGUACUGGUGUGUACAACAAGACAACGAGCAGCUGGCGCGCUCAGGUACCAACUGUCUGGAAAACGUGGUCAUUCUGAACGGGGAGAAGUUCAACCCAGAGACAUGGGACAAAACCUGCAACUGUAUGCUGGACAUCUUCAAAACAACCAUCCCUCAUGUGUUGUUGACGUGGAGACCAGCAGGGACAGAGGGGGAGCUGAUGCAACAGUACGACCCCUCAAACCUGGACUCCAUAUCCCAGAAGUCAGUGGACAUUCAGAGUCGUACAGAGGACCAGCAGUCAGAGUGCAGUGUGGACAGGAUCUCCCCGGAGAACCAAAGGCAGAGAACGUACAGCGGCUCCUCAGGCACAUAUGAGGACGGACCCAGAGCUAGGACCCCAGCCAAGGUGCAGGAGCAGAGGUUAUUCUCAGUACUGCUCAUUAAGUGUGUUGUGCAGUUGGAGCUGAUCCAGACCAUAGACAACAUGGUAUUCUACCCCGCCAGCAGCAGGAAGGAGGAUGCAGAGAACCUGGCUGCUGCACAGAGAGACACAGUAGAUGCAGACGUCCUGUUGGAGGCACAGGACCAGGGAAUGUACCGCUAUCUGACCUCGUAUCAGCUCUUCAAACUGCUGGACUGUCUGCAAGAGUCCCACCGCUUCGCCAAGGCCUUCAACUCCAACAACGAGCAGAGGACUGUCCUGUGGAAGGCAGGUUUCAAGGGGAAGUCCAAACCAAACCUGUUGAAGCAGGAGACUAACAGUCUGGCCUGUGGCCUCCGCAUCCUGUUCCGCAUGUACACAGACGACAGCCGCAAGGCAGCCCGGGAAGAGGUGCAGAGACAACUGCUCAAUGUGUGUAGUGAGGCCCUGGCCUACUUCCUUACUCUGACAUCAGAGAGCCACCGGGAAGCCUGGACCAAUCUCCUCCUCCUCUUCCUCACCAAGGUGGUGAAGAUUAGCGAUGACAGGUUCAAGGCCCAUGCAUCCAGGUACUACCCACUCCUCUGUGAGAUCAUGCAGUUUGACCUGAUCCCAGAACUCCGGGCCGUGCUGCGUAAGUUCUUCCUCCGCAUCGGCAACGCCUUCGACAUCUCACUGCUGCCCAGUCCCAGAGUGGAGCUAGGGCCUGCUGGGAGCCAGUGACGACAUCACUAGUGGACCAGGACCAACACAGGCUCCUCAGACAGUCCCUCUCUGGGGUGGGAAAGGGAAAGAUUGCAUCCCAAAUGGCACCCUAUUCCCUAUAUAGUGCACUAUACAGGGAUAGGGUGCCAUUUGGAACACAGACGAAUAUGUUUAACCCUCUCUGAACUCUGCCCCUCUGAGUGCCACAAGGGAUUCAUAAAGCGGACAGUGACGGGGCCCGCAGAAAGGUACUGGAAGCUCCUCCAUGCUGCACACAGUGAUGCUCCUGAGAUUAACUAUUGACAAUAGUGUAGUGAGUGGGGCCCACAAAAGCACUGAAAGAAUGGCUGCAGUAUGGCUUCCUGGUACAGCAUAGAAAUAUCAUACUAAUGAUAAAAUAUAACAAUGCAAUUAUUCUGGUCAUUUCUCCCCGUCUGACCAGAGGGCUGACUAACAUUAUGGAGGGUGUGAUGUGCGCUUUUUGGUAUCGCUUGGCAUUCUUUUAUGAAACUGAGGUAUGAAAUGGUUAAUGAAAAGGACGAGUAACGUUAGCAGUGAUUUUAUUUUGCGCAACCACUAAGUAUCAAAAGCAUCAGCCCUCAAAUACAACUAGACAAAUCAAAAGUAGCUUUUUAGUAUCGUAAGAUACUAAAACCUGUCGUUUGUUUUCUUUUUAAAUCUAACAGCACUCUUGUAAUUUCUUAAGCAUACUGGCAUUUUCUCACUUCAAUUUAUCCUUACCAUGGCUCUAGUUUGUCUUUUGGAGUAUGAAAAUGAGUAAACAUUAUUCCAUUUUAUGUAUAUACUGUAGUAUUUUAUUUAAAUUAAAACAAUUUGAAUUUGCAAAUGAGUUGAUGUUAUGGAAAUAAAGCAUAGGAGGUUAGUGGCACCUUAAUUGGGGAGAACGGGCUCGUGGUAAUGACUGGAGCAGAAUCAUGGAAUGGUAUCAAAUUAAACGCAUGGUUUACAGGUGUUUGAUGCCGUUCCGGCCAUUUAUGAGCCUCCUGUGAAAUCAAGAUGCACGUUCUUUGAUGAAGCUGUACUUUGAGGAUAAUGUUUGGGUUAAAGUGUCUUUUGGAGUGUCAGUUACAUUGGGAAACGAGGUGUACAUUUUUUUUUUUUUUAUGUCAGAUCAAUGCUGUACAACUCUGUACACUUGAUUACCACCUGGAACACUCAUUAGUCAAAGGUUUAACUCUUUGCAUUGAUAUGCAAUAGAAGUAACUUUAUUGACAGAUGAUUUUCAGUUACAUCACUAUGCUGUUGUGUUAGACCCUAUUUUCCUGCAGGAUUUUUUGGCUUAUUUAUAGGUGAUUUCUCACUGAAUAU